AUGAUGGUCGUAGCACUUAGAUCGCCCCCAGGCCACGUUCCUUUCCAUCCACCACUUCAACGAAACAACAACAACACAACAAGCAAUGCCGCGCACCUUCAAAAAAAUACCGAGUCGGCGAGUGCGUCUGCGUUUUCAAGUCAAGGCACGGGUGAUGAGUUUGUUACUUCGGAUGAUGAAUCCGCUGACGGUGUCACUGGCGUAGAAGAGAAUGUCCCCGCCAGACGGAGGCCUAGGCGACCCCGGAAAAACCCCGAAGCCGGAUCCCAGAGUGCAAAAAAACGAGGGCCUGAGCGACCUAGAACGCAUCUGAAGAAUGACCAAAACGGCUCUCCAUUGGCCAAGGAAGAUGGUCAGAACAAUCCUGACGGCCCUGUGAGUUCCAGUGCAAUCGUGGAACAGACCCAUGCCAGAUGGGACAAGGAGGCCAGUGGCGGAAUGACGAAGAGAAUGCUGGAUGAGACGAGACUGCUUAGAAAAGAGGAGAAAUUCGACGAACCCGUCAGAGUACCAAGACACGGCUUACCAUGA